AAACAGCUUGUCAUUACCUCACUAUGUUUUAACGGAAAUCAUGUCGGCAGAUACCUGUCUGCUGUCAAAACAUGACCAACUACCUGAUAACCACGUCGAGGAGAAAUUAUCGCCUCCUUAUCAUGCUUUAUAUUGUCUUAUCUACAGCAAUGUCUGUCGCAAUAGCUGCACUUUCCGGUGUCUCUACCCUAGAACUGAAGAGGCCCAACACAAAGUCAGACUAUUUGAUGGCAUUGUAUACAAACACUGACAUCGACUCUGCGAUAAACGAACAGUGUCCAGUGGAUGAUCAGAACGCCGCGGCACGGAGUGCAGACUUCCCUACCACAGAAACUGUUGAGGUAGUGCAUUCAAGGACAGAGUCAGAGGAACAUGGAACGAAACAUUCAGAAGAAAUACAAAAAGUACUGGAACGCUAUAUGCGAAGUCUCCUACAUGCUGCUAAUAUGGCUUUACCUAUUGAACGGUAUUUGUAUAAAAUGUUGCAGUAUUACAAGGAGCGAAUCAAAGAGGGCGUCUCGGAUAUAAAUAUUGUGGGUAGCACUGGAAAUAAGCUUUAUGUGCCUGAACUUCAACCAGAAGGAUCCUACCAGUUCGAAGUGGAUGUUUUGUUUGAGAAUCCCAUAGCGGGAAUGUCUAUACCGGUAUUAGGUGAACGAGGUCCUGUCGUCGCUUGGCUUGCCAUCGAUACCCUGGAUAACUCGCUUCCACUUGGUAGUGUUGUAUUGCGGGUAGAACGCUAUGACGGUCAAUUCGGGUCCGAAUUUGAGAAAGGGACAUGGUUUCACAAGCACACAGAUUCCGGCAAGUUACUUUUGUCUUCAUUCCAUUACUGGGGCUCAGUUGUGUCAUCAUACAGGUCGAUUCUGGGUGAACGCGAGCUUUUGUCCCAUCCCGCACCAUUGUUGCAACCUCUUUUCAGAAAGUUCAAAUCGGCAAGGAAGAGCCUGCCUCUAAGUGGACAAACAUAUGAAUUCGACAUACUUAUGGAUAAAGUAGCCUCGGUUAGAAUACCUUGGCCAGAACAAGCUGCGUCGUUUAAAACAAGAACAAGAAAAUGGCCCGAGUCGAGUAUUAUUGAGAAGGUCGUCACAGAUGGGUGUCACCUUGUGCAUAAUCCUCAUACCAGAUCGGGAACAUACUUAAUGGAGUGGAAGUACACAUUUUCAACAUCGGAACAGGAAAUAGUUCUCAGUUUUUCGCCCUUUCAAAGAUCUGUGUUUCUAGUUAUCAAGCAAAUUAAACGUAUCUACUUAGACUACGGAACGUCGGAGAUUGGAGAACCGCUUGCAGGCUUGACAACGUAUCAUUUGAAGACCGUUAUGCUUUGGCUGAGUGAAAAGUUGGAUUCGACAUUGUGGGGAACCUCUCCUCAUGAAUGUCUCAUCAUGUUCUUCCGGGAGCUUGAGAAAUGUUUGGACACUGAAGUUUGUCCACAUUAUUUCAUGCCUGAAAUCAACGUCAUGCAAAGUGCCUGGAAACCGAAAAUGUUGCAACACUAUGAAAACGAAUGGUUAAAACAAAAUGGACCAAUGAGAGAGAAGCUACUAAAAACGGUUAGAGAUAUUAUUUCCCGUCCCGGCGAGUAUCUGACGGACAAGCUUGUUACGGCAGUGGACAGCAAACACGUUAUGGAAGCUAAAAAGGAGCCUGUCCAGAGAAACAAAGGUCAUGACGACAUAUACGCUGAAGUAGACAUACUGGACCAGGCAUUGGUCAGACUGAACGACCAACGCGCUGUGAACGAGCUCAAAGAGCAAACAAUGGCUAAUGGGUAGAGAUAAUGCCGAGAUG